AUGCGAAAAGUUGGCGAAAAGAGAGUGACAAGAAUCCAGGCCGCUCAAGUUGCAUUGCUCCCCCAGCCGCAAACCCGAACAGAAGUAUCACCGGCAACGGACCUCAAGCCCGGCCCACAACCUCUCCAUUUAGGACCCGCACCUGGAAAGAGGUCCAUCACUUCCUCAACCUCAGAGCACACCGGCAAGGAAACUCGAUUCAUGCCACAAAGCUUGCCUCGCCAGAAGACUAUGCAGUGGCAGAGCAUUAUCAGUUCGGGCCUGACAGUCCGAGACGAAUCUCCUUGGGGUACUUUCAGAAAGUACUACGAUUGUGACCUAGCUGGCCCCGUCGCGGUAUGCAUUCGAUCAUCUGGAGACCGCGGUGUCUGGGCGGUGCGCCAGUAUCCGAUUGAGGACGCUGACAAGAUACUGCGGAUCCUCCGCUCCAUGCGCCAUGAGAACCUGGCCUCCAUUCGGGAGUGUUUCCGCACUCCCGAGCUUCUGUACACACUGGGGGGAUUUCGACCCUCUCGUUCUGGAUCAUAUCGUCGCUUGUAA